UGAAUAUUACGCGAGGAGAAGUUUAACCAAUUUUUCUUUUUUAUCUGUACCAAAGAGUUAACGAGUUAAGAAAAACAAUGUACACAUUUUUAUCAUCAUGAUACUUAUCUUUGUACGGUGGGGUAUUAUGGAGUAAUGAUUAAGAAGACUCGAGUGUUGUCAGAAGAUGAUGUUCUUAGUGCGAAUCUACAAUGUCUGAGAGAAAAGUUCGUACAGCUUCCUACAUGGAGGAACGCGCGCAGGGAGCAUGCGUUGGUGAUUUUGUUCUUUUGAAAAAGUUUUUGGCGGAGAAGAAUAAACCAAUUUGGAUUCCUUUGCAAUUAUUGGAUGCUUUGUUGAGAGGCUAUGGCCAAGUCGCGUUCGCUAAUAAUCCACUAAGUGGAUUGUUAAUAGUAAUCGCUUUAGGAGCAACGGCACCAAAGAUCUUGGCCUUUUCUGCUGCGACCGGCUUUCUAGGUCUUUUACUUUCCAUGCUGAUGAAGGAUUCUCAACACGUUAUAGAAAAUGGAUUGACCGUAUUCAAUCCACUUUUAAUCGGUGCCCUGUCGUGCGGUUUGGUACCAAACUUUUAUGGCGAAUUCGAUGCUUUUAGUUAUCUACUUAUACUCAUAGGAACCAUAAUCAGUGUUUAUCUGACUCGCUCUUUGGGGACUGAUAAAUUUCCAUGCACGGUGUGGCCGUUUAAUCUGGUUGAAUUAAUAUUACUUUUUGUUUUUACCACGCAAAAUAGUUUCGUCGAAUCGUUACAAAUUGAAAGCAUAGACAAUGCAACAAGUGAUGCAAGGACAGACGAUGCCAGUUUUAUCGCGGAGAACGUAACAGACGUUAACGUCGACUGGGGAAUGGUUUUCCGAGGAAUGGUCGUCUCAUCGUCGCAAUUGUUCAGCGUGGACAAUGUCGUAGCAGGAGCUGUUAUUUACUUAGCAGUUUUAAUUUAUUCUCCAGCCACUGCUGGAUUUUCUUUUGCAGGUGUAUUUAUUGGUACACUCGCAGGCUUAGAACUUGGGGCACCACACAAUGAGGUAUUCACGGGAUUGUGGGGAUUCAACUGUUUCUUGACUGGUGCCGCCUUAGGAGGUAAUUUAUUCGUUAUUAAUAUACAGACUGCUGUUGCAACCCUCGUAGCGAUCGUCUACACGGUGGUACUUCAAUACGUCCUUCGAAUUAUAUUUGGCAAAAUUGGUUUACCAUUUCUAACACUGCCCUUUGUAAUUAGCACGAGUUUGUUUCUAAAAUUACGAAGUGCAUCGUCGAGCGCAGCUUUUCCAAAACCAUUGCAAUCUUCUUACCCCGAGAAACAACGUCACGAUUAUCUUAUAAACAGAAAGCGAAUCUUGCAAGAGAACGUCGACGAUUCCGAGAUGGAUUCUGCACUUCCUUAGGAUCAGAAGAAUACAAUCAAUUACUCCUUGGAAUAUAAUUAAAUAUAUUAUACUGGGUUAUUAUACCAUUUGUUGUGUAUAGGGUAUUUGUAUUAAUAUUUGUAUUCAUAUUUCUUUUGCUUAGAAAAAUACCGAAAGGACAUUUACUGAAAUCUCCGUGUAAAUAUCUCUCAUUUUUCUGUAAUACUUCGAUAAGUCACGAAUAGGAAGUUUCCGAGAUAUCACGAUUUGAUCGUUCCAUCAACGUGAAGUAUCCAGAUCGAAUUUUAUUACGUUAGCAAUUUUACGGAUGAAUGGAAAAUUCUGAAGAAACGGAGAGGUCGAUACUUUGUCGAAAUUCCAUGUUUAUCGAAAUAUUGCUUAUCUUUGGAAAAAAAAUUCUAAUCUCGAUAAAAUUCUUUAUUCGCCGCGUCUGUAAUAUAUAUCAAAUCAAGCUGCGAACGUGCUAAUCUCGUUAUCUGAGAAAGGCGAGAAAAAGUGGCGUUAAAUUCGUGGAUCUCGGUAGCACUUUCGACAAGAUCUGAAACUGUAGAUACUUCUAUGCGUUUGCAUAUAAGAAGCCACAGGUCGAUCGAUAAAAUUUAUACGAUCACUUUCACCGUUGCGGUUUAUAAAUUUAAGCGUGAUAUUUUAUCGCCAAGCCACGAGAUUUACAAUAUAUGCACAAUGCAAUCUUUCUUCCCUUUCAUCUCGAAUGGACGUAUAUCGAAUUUGCGAUUUUAUGAUUCUCGCGAGCGUCCAUCUUCUGGAGUACGAAAUGGUGUUCCAUUAACAUCAAAAAGUCUUGCCAAUUUUCGAAUAUACAAAAAAAAAAAAAAAAAAAUACAAGUAAAAAAGGGAAAAGGUAUAUCGUUUGAAAAUGUUCUCAUGCGUUAGAUCGCUAGUAAUAUCGCGAGAAGAAUAUAAUCGGAGACAGAAUAGAGCAAUAUAAAAGUUUUUACCUAGUAAACUUUUUGAUCGCGUAGCAACGAAUACGAUUCAACUGGAGAAUUUAAUGUAAAACUCUGCAUGCGAUGCAUAAAAUCUAUAUCCUCGAGCGAGAGGACACUGUUAUCGGCUCUACUUCGAUGUCGUUAUCGCGAAAUUCCAUUUCGUUCUAUUCGCUUUAUUUGAAAACUUGUUCGAUUUUACAAAGGACGAUUUCUUUUCCAAAUACUUUUCUUUUACAUUCGAACGAUUUCAUUGGCAGACAUUGGAAAGUUUUACAAAGAUAAUCCUUUAAAAAUAUCGAUCAAGACAGUUCUUUAUUCGCUAGCACGUAAGAUAGAUAGCAAUAAUACGAUUAUGUAAAUUUCAUUUUCCAGAGUCUAGUUUUGAGAUAUAGCAAGGAGAAUCGUAAGAAGGGCGCCACCACGGAUCGAAGUGGUUCAAUAAUACAACUAUUCCUUUUUACGAUCUUUUUAAUAGACACACAAAUAUCCCAUUUGUUAUUUCGCAAUAAUAUAUGACAUUUUUAUUCGAAGAAAAAUACUUUGGAAAGAAAAAUAAGAGAGGAAGAGGUUAA